UGUGGCAUAUGGGAUAUGGUUACUAUGAAACAAUUCUGUGCCAAGAAAAGAACGAACACAAAAUAAUUUCAUAUGAAAUGCUUUGCUUUGUUCGCUAUUAAUACAUACACUUACAAAAUCUCAAUUUCCAUUUUUCGUCCCUCUUCUCCCAUCUAUCUGGGAUAUGUUUGAGAAAAUUCUUGCUAUUUAAUUAAUGUGAGGGUUGUAUAUGUUAAUAGUCCCGAGGAUAUGCUAUAUACUCGUCUCUAUGGUUAUGAAUCUUUGUUUUAUUCUUAUUUCUCAAUUUUCAAUCACUUGUAAGAAAUUUGGCGUGAUCUAUUGUCAUCUAGAAAUGGAAAAUUGUUUAGAUAUUAAAACAAGAUAAAAGAGGUACAAUGGCGCAACAUAGGAGCUAGAAAACAUGUUACUUGCUUCAUCCUUUAGCUUUCCUCCAAUUAUAUAAUGCCCCUUCGACCUAUGCGCCUUCCCAGGCGAUCUACACCAAAGUUUGUUUCCAUUAUACUCGUCCUUCUCGUACCCAGUUGUCUAUUUGGAUUUAUUAACCAUUAUCAAAAGAUCACCUAUUUCUUCCGGCCUCUAUGGGACAAACCCCCUCCAUCGUUUACUCGUCUCCCUCACUUCUAUGCAGAAAAUGUUUCUAUGAAUCAUCUAUGUCUCCUACACGGAUGGUCUGUUCGUUCAGAACCUCGUCGUGUUUUCGAUGCUAUCAUUUUCAGCAAUGAGCUGGAUUUGGUCGAGAUAAGGUGGCAUGAGCUUAAACCCUAUGUAACAAAGUUUGUAAUUAUGGAGUCGAAUACUACCUUCACCGGCAUCCCUAAGCCUCUUUACUUUGCUUCAAACCGUGAUCGCUUUGCCUUUGCUAAAAGUCAGAUUACCUAUGGUUUCUUCCCCGGGAGGGUUAGACGCCCUGGUUCCCCCGAAGAUCCCUUUAUGCUUGAGAGUGAGCAUCGGAUAGGAAUGAAUCACUUGAUCCGACAGGCAGGGAUUUCAAAUGGUGAUCUCCUUAUAAUGUCCGAUGCAGAUGAAAUCCCUAGUCCCCACACCAUAAAACUCCUUCAAUGGUGUGAUGGAGUCCCACCCAAAAUGCACCUCGAGUUAAAGAACUAUAUGUACUCCUUUGAAUUCCCAGUAGAUUAUAGUAGCUGGCGCGCCACAGCCCAUAUAUAUAACCCAUCAACUCAGUAUAGACAUUCCCGAGUAUCAGAUCUUAUUCUUUCCGAUUCUGGUUGGCAUUGCAGCUUCUGUUUUAAGUAUCUUCAUGAUUUCGUGUUUAAGAUGACGGCGUAUAGUCAUGCAGACCGUGUUAGAAGAAGAGAAUUUUUAGACCAUAGAAGAAUUCAACAAGUCAUUUGUAAAGGGGACGAUCUCUUCGACAUGCUUCCUGAAGAGUAUACCUUCAAAGAUUUGAUAAAAAAGAUGGGAUCGAUUCCUCGCUCCGCUUCUGCUGUUCACCUUCCUGCAUAUCUGAUAGAAAACUCUGACAAAUACAAAUUCCUGCUUCCUGGUGGCUGUGUUAGAGAUCCAAGAUAAAGAAUGAGAAUCCUAAGUUUAUAUGAGCUUGUUCUUGGCCAUAGAAAGAGAUAGCAGUACAGAAAGAAUAGUUGUGGUAGAAGAUAUGUCAUAUUUUUAGUGUACCACGUUCUUAAUUCUAGUUUUGUAUCAUUGUCUGACAACAUUUUGUAAAUCUUUUUUGUUGAAAUCUCAAUUUCUUGAGAACAAUAGGUUAUCACUUAAUCUGGGUUUUUGGAGAGUAAGAUGAACACAAUAUCGUACCUCAUUAGUGAUAAUAAAGAAAUUGUUUCCGACUGA